AUGACAUCUCCUUUCUUCAUAAACACCUCUCCACCGGACGAAGCAACUCUCGCUAUCGCCAGGGAAGAACUUCGGGAAACUCCCGAAGUCGUCGAGGCAGCUUUGAAGGAACUGCGGGAGCUACUAAAGAAUGACAGCUCGAUCUAUUUCAAAGACGAUGACGCCACCCUGACGAUAUACUUGAGGCCCUGCAAAUGGUAUGCUAAAAGUGCAUACGAAUUGAUGAAACGGAUCGCAGACUUCAAGGAAAAGAACAAAAAAAUUUUGGAUGGCCUUCUUCCGCAAGAUGAGAAAGUUGCAUUUACAGAACACAAUGUCGUCAAUGUGAUGACCAACAGGGAUCACAAAGGGCGAAGGGUCCUCAUAGUCAAUGCUGGAGAACUCUGGGACCCAUCAAAAGUCACCUCAGAUCAAAUCUUCCGCAUGUUCUACCUGAUCCAUGAAUUGGCUGUUCUGGAGCCGGAAACCCAAAUAAAAGGCGUGGUGGUCAUUAUGGAUUACAAUGGAAUGGGAAUGAAACAAGUGAAAGGUUUGGGUCCCGCCUUCAGCUUGCUGCUGCUCUCUUUCAUCCAAGACGCCAUGCCGUUGAGACUGAAAGAGGUCCAUAUGGUCAAAGAACCUUUCGUCUUCAACAUGGUCUGGCAAAUUUUCAAGCCCUUCAUCAGGCAGAAGCUCAAGUCCAGGAUUUUCUUCCACGGAAGCAAAAUGGCGAGCCUACACAAAAAAAUGAGUCCUUCCCAUCUGCCGAAAGACUACGACGGGGACCUUCCUGCAAUCAACUACAGUGGAAAAGAAUGGUUUCCAGUUGUAGAAAAUUAUAAGGACCACAUCAAAACGAUGAAUUCGUUCGGGCUAAAAAAAUAAUAGCUCGCUUUUGAUAUUUACUUCACUUUAAGUUUUUCUAGCUGCCAAUUGAGGCUCAUUGGAAUUUUUGUGAGAUGCCACUUUCUGCACGUUGAUAGAAAAAGUACAACAACUAAAGUCGUGUUUUGUUUUUGUCUAUUUCGCAUCUCACGAAAACUUCAUUUAUUAUUAUCAAAUUUUUAUAUGAUUAAAAUCAAGUCCCACAUAUUUGAA